CGCUAAAUUUGUCAUCCCUGCUGGAAUAUUUGUACAGUUUUUGUUUUGUGGUGUAUAUUAACAAUUUGAAGAUCUCUGUUUAUUAAAUAAUUGCAUUUAAUUGCAAAAUAACUGAAAAGUGCUAAAUAAUGUUUUAUGCACAUAUUAUAUUGGCCAAAAAAGGGCCUUUGGCCCGAGUAUGGCUAGCAGCUCAUUGGGACAAAAAAAUCACAAAGGCCCAUGUUUUCGAAACAAACAUAGAGAAGUCUGUUGAGGGAAUAAUGCAACCGAAAGUAAAGCUGGCUUUACGAACAUCUGGACACUUGCUACUUGGAGUAGUACGCAUUUAUUCACGUAAAGCAAAAUAUUUGUUAGCUGACUGUAAUGAGGCUUUUGUUAAAAUUAAGAUGGCUUUCCGCCCAGGAAUGGUUGAUUUGCCUGAGGGACACCGAGAAGCAAAUGUUAAUGCAAUUACGUUGCCUGAAGUUUUUCAUGAUUUUGAUACAGCACUGCCAGAAUUGAACGAUAUCGAUAUUGAAGCACAAUUUUCUAUAAAUCAAUCAAGAGCAGAUGAAAUUACAAUGCGUGAAGAUUAUGGAAGUUUGUCACUUUCCCUGCAUGAUGAUGGAUUUGGUGACGUGGGCUUUGAUAAUGAUACACCAGAUAUGGUACGAGGACAAUUAGAUUCUACUCUAAAUGAUCAAUUAUUUGAAGAUGAGGUUAUUUCAAACGUAAUAGAAAAUAACGAAACAAGCAUUAGGCUUAAUGAACCAGAUGUCACGGAUUCACGUUUAGAUGGUGAUGGAUUUGGAGAUGAAUUUGGACAACCAGAACUGUUUGGGGAUGAGUUGUUUGGAGAACCUCCUCGAUUAGAGGCUGUUAGUCAGGAAAUAAUAGAAUCUAUUCCUAAUGUAAAUGAAGAGUCAGACGACGAUGUAUCUGACCAUUUCGAUGCGAGGGCCCCUUCACCCGAUUCAAGUUGUGAAGGAUCUCCGGUUGUAAUUCCAAAAGAAGAUGAACUUGAUAAAGCGGUCACAUCGGUUGUACAACAGCAGGAGGCCAUUGAUGAGAAUUUGGAACAAUCAACAUUAAUACAAAAUGAGGAUGAAAGUUUCGCUUUGGCUCCUAUUGAUGCCUCGGCAUAUAAAGGAAUUACAAAAACCAAACGUAAAAGGAAGCUUAUCGUUGAUGAAAUAAAAAAUAUUUCUGGAGAAGAAAUGAAGGCUCAAUUAGCGAAUACAUCAGAUAUUGUAACAACACUGGACUUGGCUCCUCCAACGAAGAGGUGGUUAAUGUACUGGAAAGAGACGGGUGGAGUUGAAAAAUUAUUUUCAUUGCCCUCUAGAACAAUACCGGCAAGAGCAUUAUUUCUUAAUUACCAUAGACAUCUUAUAUCACAUUUUACACAAUUGGAAGAUUUUACAUGUUUAGGACCAUCCGAUAUAUUAGCUUUAGAUCACAUUAAUAAUGAUAAUGAUUCAUCUGCUAUAAUUCAAAACAAAAGAGGCCGUAAAAGAAAAUUUGAUGUAUUGCCUAAUAAUAUUCAAUCAAAUACUGAUAUCAAUGGCGAUAUAUCAACUCAAAGCUUAGCAGUUCCAGAAACAAUUAGAGAACAAGAAAGCUUUGUAGCAGCAAAUGAUUCUCUGAAAAUAAAUAAUAUAAUUCCUAAUGAAUCAGCUCAAGCAGCCGAAUCUAUAAUAUUUGAUAACUGUCCUAGUCCUGGUCCAUUAUUUACCAUGAACGACAUAAGUAAUAUAGAUAAUCUUGGAUCUCUUGGAGAUCUUGCUUUUACGCCAGGAAAUUUACACCAUGGAAUGGACGCAGUGGAUGAUUUUAAUCAUGGGGGACUAACACCUGUAAACUUAAAUCAUGGUGAAAUGACUCCAAGACACCCCGAAAUUGAAACGAUUGAAUCAAUACCAAAUCUUCCUGUCGAUCAAAUAUCAUCUAUAUUAAAUGAAGCCGCUAAUAUGCCGGAUAAUACAAUUACAGAAAGUACAACAAAUCAAAAUAAAUCGUGUGAUUUAGCAUCUGAUUGGAAUGAUUAUGCUUUCCCACCUUCAAUAGAAAUUCAGAAUAACUUUGACGAACAAAUGGAAAAUGAAACAAGUGAACAAUUUGAAGAACGCGUUCUAAACAAAAGAGCAGCACAACUUUUCUACGCCGUCAAAAGUCGGAUGGUUAAACAGGAAUGUUUACUGCUGUCUGAAUUAACUGUAAAAAAUUCAAGAAAACAGGCUGCACAAAAGUUUUAUUCUCUUCUGGUGUUAAAGAAGUUUCGUGCACUUAACAUAUCGCAAUCAGCGCCAUAUUCCGAUAUAGUUGUAACACGAGGACAGCUGUUUGAAAAUCCUAAAUUGUAAAUGUUUGAAAAUGUUUUAUUUAUUUUAAUUAUAAAUGUCUAUUUUUGUAUACCAUUAUUAAAAUCUGAUUAAUGUUUAUUACCAUAA